AUGCUACGACAGGGUCACCUCAAAGAAUUGCUGAGCGAUCGGGGAAGGACCAUCUUUUCUAGAGGACGUGAACAAUAUCAAGGGCCACCGAAACCGCCCUCGCCGACCCGCACCAUCCACAUGAUCAUCGGUGGCAGGGACGACGCCUCCAUCAACAGUGUGAAGUUCACCACAACCUACAAGCUCAAACGGUCGAUCACCCAUGAACGGUAUGAUGAACUCGAAGAAAGUAACAUCUUUGAUAAGUCGGAUACCAACGGUUUGGCCUUCCCUCACUAUGAUUCUCUUGUUAUCACUUUACGAAUUUUAGAUACCGAUGUGAGACGGAUUAUGGUAGACGAUGGGAAAGGCGCGUGCAUUAUCCAAUCCCGAGUACUUGCACAAAUGAAACUCAUUGAGCGAACAUCCAACGAGAUUACACUCCCCGUCCUAGUAGGUGGCGUCACUCUGGAAACCACAUUCCAUAUCAUGGACCAGGACACUGAUACAACGCCAUAA